AUGGCAAUUAAGGUUAAGCCUGAUGAAAUUACAGUCUCUAGCGUACUCUCUGCUUGUGCACAUUUAGGUACACUUGAUGUGGGUAAGGCAGUGCAUGAUUACGUUCGUCAGCAUGCCAUUAAAAUGGAUAUUUACGUAGGGAAUGCUUUGGUGGAUAUGUACUGCAAAUGUGGAUCUGUUAACACAGCCUUGGAAGUAUUCUUUAGCAUGAACAGAAAGGACACUGUCUCUUGGACUUCGAUAAUCUCGGGCCUUGCAGUGAAUGGUGUUCAUGACAAUGCCCUUCAGCUGUUCUCCCGGAUGUUAGAACAUUGUAAGCCAACUCACGGUACUUUUAUCGGCGUACUACUUGCUUGUGCUCAUUCAGGUUUGGUGGAUAAAGGUUUGGAAUACUUCGAUAGUAUGGAAAAACACCAUGGAUUGGUGCCAGAAAUGAAGCAAUAUGGUUGUGUUGUUGAUUUGUUGUGCCGCUCUGAUCUUGAUAAUGGUGGUAACUAUGUUCUGUCAUCGAGCACGUAUGCGACUGCAGAGAGGUGGGAUGAUGCAAUGAAAAUAAGGCAAUUGAUGAAUGAUGGUGCAGUACAAAGGCCGUUAAGGAUGGAGUUCAAUUGA